UUUGUUAAACUGUCCUGCUCGUCCUGGAAUGAUGUUAAACCUGAUCCCCUCGUGUCCGCUCAGACAGACCACAUAUUUGAGCAAGAGUAAGCAGUGAAGGAUCCGCGUGCACGAUCCCUGCUUCUGUUCCAGGAAGCAGCUGUACAUGUGAUUAACAUUUAUGUUGCUGUAAUCGCAGUGAUUUGGUUUGGUCACACUCUCAUCUUGUUGGAGAUGAAGUGAAGCUUAGGUUGAGAUGACUUCAGGACUAGCUGUGGGUCAUCGCGGGCUGCUGAACGCGUCCGGAUCUGUUCGCACGACGAACACAGUCACUGAAUGUUGUCAGGCAGCUUUUUAAAUGCACAACAGAAUCUAAAUCGCCCCGAAUCACACACAGAUGAACAGUGCUGUCUGUUUCAAAGUUCCUCUCAGCUGCUCCUGUGUCUCGCCACAGCAGACGGAGCCACAGACACCCCCGUCUGUCCAGCCUCGUGACCUCUGACCCACGGUUCACAGGCGCUUCGCCGCAGAGCCGCUAGCCACAGCUGAGAGCUGGAUUUCAAGAUCCAGAUCAAAGAAGCAGCUUCAUCUAUGACAGAAACGCUGGAGUCGGCCAUUUCUUGGCUCCGCCGGGUUAAAAUAGAUGCUCUGCUCUGUAUGAGCCGGUUGCCAUGGUGAACGCUCAGAAUGGGUCCUAGCAGGAGGCCGAGGACGAAGCUGCAGCUCAGGAUUUAUUCACUGACUCUGCCUUCAAGCCAGCACGUGCGUUUAUUGAGCAUUUCCAUCAGUUUGCAUCGCGCUGGCAGAGGAGGCUGCAGAUCAGUUAAGCAUAAGUGCCACCGUGCUGACUCGAGGCUGCAGGCGCUCUGCGAACGACGACUCCGGGGGUCGCUCUCCUACGCGAGUUCACUGUUUGGAUUAAAGUUACAAGAAAGUAUCAUCAAACCUGAACUCCCCAACAUGAAUCUGCCGUUAAAGGUCAACAUGGAGUGCUCGACCCGUAUGAGGCCAGAGGCCUGUGACCGUUCUGUGCUUCCUGAAUUCUGUACAUUCAGGUGGGUUUGCUGUGGCUGGUCUCCGGUCAGCCUCUGUGCACGUGUCAAUGAAGGAAAACAAGGAAAGCACAGCAAAGAGUCUGAAUGACGUCAAAGCUUUCCUCCGUUGGUCUUCUGGUUUUCUGUUUAGAGGAGUUUGUACUCCCAGAUCAGGCUGUCAGUCGCAGUUUCUCGCUCCGUGACUUCAUGGAAUGAAGAUGAACCUGAUAAACUCCUCCUCCUCUGCAGCUUCUCAGCUUUCUGUGUGCACCAAACUGCACUUUUUCUUCUGCCUGUCUGAAGGUAAUCCUCAAAUAAAACAAAGACUGCUCUUCGUGACUCGGCACACAACAUGUUCAUGUUCUGUAAUUUCACAACAUUUACAGUUCUCGUGAGUUACGAGGAGGCGAGGAGAGGUUGGGUGCUCUGUGAUCCAGCCUGCACACCUGACGAUACUGUCCUCUGCACUAAACACAUACUCACGUGCGACGGACUGGCGCGAGUUUGGGUUCGGAUCAGAACUCGCCUUUAAUCUGCUGAGAAGAAGAGAAACUCUUGGCUGUCUCUCAGAAUUAAAAUGCCUCAACUGGACAGAGAAAAGUUGUGCUGCUCGAUCUGUCUGGAUCUGCUGAAGGAUCCGGUGACUCUUCCCUGCGGGCACAGCUACUGCAUGAUCUGCAUUAACAACCAUUGGGAUGGAGAGGAUCAAAGGGGGGUUCACUCUUGUCCCCAGUGCAGGAAAACCUUCAUACCGAGGCCAGUGCUGGGCAAAAACACCAUGUUAGCAGAGUUGGUGGAGGAGCUGAAGAAAACUGAACUCCAAGCUGCUCCUCCUGUUCAUCACAACUAUGCUGGACCUAGAGAUGUGCCCUGUGAUUUCUGCACUGGGAGGAAGCAGAGAGCCACCAAGUCCUGUCUACAGUGUCUGGCCUCCUACUGCGACGAUCAUCUCCAGCCUCACUACGAUUCUCAGGCCUUUCAGAGCCACAAACUGGUUGAAGCCUCAGCAAACCUCCAAGAAAAAAUCUGCUCUCUCCACAACAAAGUGAAGGAAGUUUUCUGCCGCAGUGACAAGCAGUGUAUCUGCUACCUCUGCUCUAUCAGCGAACACAAAGGCCACGACGUCGUGUCACUGGCAGCAGAGCGGGCCGAGAGGCAGAAUGAGCUCGAUCCAUGUCGGCAGAACAUCCAGCAGAGAAUCCAAGACUUGGAGCAAGAUCUGACAGUGCUUCAGAAGCAGGUGGGGGUCAUCAACGUUUCUGCCGAUGAAGCAGCAAGGAAUAGCCAGAUGGUGUUCAGCCAGCUGGCCCAACUCAUCGCGAGACGAAGCUCCGAAGUGCAGCAGCAGAUCAGAAUCCAGCAGGAAACAGAAACGCGUCGGGUCAAAGAGCUCGAGGAGAAGCUGCAGAACGAGAUCGCCGAGUUAAAGAAGAAAGACUCGGAGCUGAAGCAGCUUUCAUACACCGAGGACCACCACCGCUUUCUACUCACUUUCAACUCGCUGUCAGCACUCGGCAAAUCUACACACACCGGCGUCAACGUCCCUCCUCCGAGCUUUGAGGAGGUGACGGCGGCGGUAUCGCAGCUCAAAGACAAACUCCAAGACCUUCUGAGUCAGGGCUGGACCCAAGGAGAGGCGCCGCUGAGACCAGCAGAGCUCGAGGGUUCAGGGAAGCAACCGCAUAUAGUCCCAGCACCAACAUCCUUCAUAACAAAAGAAGAAGAAGUUAAAUCGGCAGCCUUCCAACACCAACUACGUGUGGUGCCACCACCACCAGCACCGCCAUCUUUUGUGACAAAAGAAGAAGAAGUCAAAUCGGCAGCCUUCCAACAACAACUACAUGUGGUGCCACCAUCACCAGCACCGCCAUCUUCUGUGACAAAAGAAGAAGAAGUCAAAUCGGCAGCCUUCCAACAACCACGUGUGGUUCCACCAGCAGAGCCCAAGAGUUUCUUGAAACAACCCCGUUUUCCACCAGCACCACAUCUAACAGCUUUUCUGGCAACAGCAGCACGCAAAAAUUCAUUGAAACAACAUGUGGUGCCUCCAGCAGAGCCCACGGCUUUGGCCCCACUACACCCAGCUUUGGUGACGCCGCCGCUACCUUUUGCACCGCCGACAGAGCCCAAGACCAGAAACGACUUCUUACAGUAUAUGUGUCCAAUCACGCUGGAUCCAAAUACAGUGAGCAAAUGGCUGUCACUGUCUGAGGGGAACAGGAAGGUCACGUACAUGAAGAAGGAGCAGUCGUACCCUGAUCACCCAGAGAGGUUCGACAGCCUUCAGGUCCUCAGCAAAGAAGCUCUGAGUGGACGGUGUUACUGGGAGGUGAAGUGGAGCAAGUUUGUUGCUAUAGCGGUCGCCUACAAGAGCAUCAGCAGAACAGGAAGUGAGAGUGGAUUCGGAUUCAACGACAAGUCGUGGGCGUUGUGGUGUCACAAUAACGAGUUCAGACAUGACAGCACCACCAUGUCCCUACAGGUUCCUCAGUCCAGCAAGAUCGGGGUGUACGUGGAUCAGAGCGCAGGUAUCCUGUCCUUCCACAGCGUCUCCGGCUCCAUGACUCUCCUUGCAAAGGUAGAGACCACCUUCACAGAGCCCCUCCACGUCGGACUCUGGGUUUGUUCGGGAUCUGCCAAGUUGGUUCAGCUGCUGUAGGAUUUCUUUCUGCUUGAACUUCAUUUCUUCUGUCUCUGUCCGUCACUUCAGAAGUCAGCUAACAUUCCAAAGAAGCCAUUUUUCCAAGUUUCAAGCCACUCCGGGAACUGUUUCUGUACGUACUGUCAAGCCAUUUAGAAAUCGUUUGGACAAAGUAAAUUAAAAGGAAAAAAGAGCUCUAAUAAUUCUGAAAACUAAGGAUACUUUAUCUUAUGUGACACCUAAUGGUUAUCUAUUGUUAAUCGAGUAGAAAUAGGGCUGAUCAAAAUGCUUUUGUUUUAUUUUGAUUUGUUAAUUAUUUUUCUUUCAGUGAUUAAAACCAACUUCUUGUCUCCUUUUUCUAA